UAAACAAACUAUGGACCCCCGCUUCAGUGCUCAGGAUGUUAUCAGAUGUGACCUUUGUGAGACAGCUGUAGUACAGAUGCACUGUGAUUUCUGUCAUGUCAACCUUUGUAAACCCUGUAUUGGAGAUCACAUUUCUGAUGAAUAUGAUGAACAUAAAAUUGUCCCAUUCCAAAAAAGGAAAUCAACUUUAAUAUAUCCAAAAUGCACAACGCACCAAACCAAAUUUUGUGAUUUACAAUGCAAGGAAUGUAAUAUUCCUAUAUGCUCUUUAUGCUCCACAUCACAACAGCAUAAAGGACACAGUUUCUUAGUUCUCUCAGAACUUUACAACUCAAAGAAGAAAUUUAUCACAAAAGAUACAGAGGAAUUAAAAAACAUUAUCUCUCCAGCUUAUGAAAAAAUUGCAGAUGACAUAGGAAAGCAGAUAGGUAACUUGGAUGGAGAAUAUGGGAAACUGAAAUCAGCAGUGACAGAACAUGGAAAACAAUGGCACAGAGAAGUUGACAAUGUCAUUAAUGCCAUGAAUAAAGAAAUUGAUGAUUUUAAAAUAAAACACUCUGAGAUUCUGUAUAAACAUGCAGAGGAAGUCAAGCAAAUGCAGUCCCUUAUUGAACAAACUCUUCUCAAGCUGAAAAAAAUUAAAGAAUCAAAAGAAGUGUCCGUAAUGGUGGAAUACAGCUCAAGGAACAAAGAAUUCAGCAAAUUUUUACCCAAAGUUCAAGUUUCACUGCCCGUGUUUAAUCCAAAACAAGUAGAUAGAGAGCAUGUUUACAAGUUGAUUGGAUCUCUUGCACCUUUAUCUACCACAAAAGAAGAAAAUGGCUACACACUGAAGAUCCCAGAGACACCUUCCAGAGAAGUGCUGGAAGUUCCAGAACUUAUCACUUCUAUAAAUACUGGGUAUAAAAACCUCCGCAGUGUUGUGUGUCUGAAUGAAGAAGAAAUCUGGACAAGUGCACAAGUCAGUGAUAUUAAAUGCUUCAACAUUCGAGGCUCACUUAUCAAGACAAUAACAAAGAGAUCAGGGGGAUGGCCAAGUGAUAUAGCAAUUACACGUGAUGGGGAACUUGUAUACUCAGAGGGGAAGAAAGGAACUGUUAAUAAAGUGAAGAAUAGACAGACAGAGGAGGUUAUAAAAUUACAGGGCUGGACACCUCUCAAUCUCAAUGUCACCUCCUCUGGUGAUCUCUUAGUUACCAUGUGCAGUGAAGAUGGAACACAAUCCAAAUUCGUGCGCUACUCAGGCUCUACAGAGAAACAAACAAUUCAGUUUGAUGAUGAGGGUAACCCUCUAUAUUCAGGAAAUGACAGAAUUAAGUACAUUACUGAGAACAGAAACCUGGAUAUCUGCGUGGCCGACUGUGGAGCUGGUGCUGUAGUAGUCGUUAGCCAGACUGGAAAACUCCGAUUUAGAUACUCUGGUCAUCAUUCUGCUACAAACAUUAAACCAUUUAAGCCUCGUGGCAUUACAACAGACAGUCAGAGUCAGAUCCUGACAGCAGACACUGAUAACCACUGUAUCCACAUUCUAGACCAAGAGGGACUUUUUCUCUGUUAUAUAGAUACAUGUGAAUUGAAGGAGCCAUACGGUUUAUAUGUGAAUAAAGAUAAUUUGUUUGUCGCUGAAUGGGGAGGAAUUGUUAAGAAAAUUAAAUAUUUUAAAUAGAGAUAUAUGAUUUUAUGUAUUGUAUAUAGAAACAUUUAUUUAAA